AAAAAAUAGUUACACCGCGAAUUUAUUACCGGCAUAAAUAUUUGAUUGUUGUUGUUAUUAUGAUUUUUUAUUGAGUUUUCUCUAAUAAAUACCUUAAUAUCUCUAUCUAAAAUAUCUAGAAGACAUCUAUUAACAUUUUCCUGUGGUAAUCGUUGAAUGUAUUGCAAAAAAUUUCUGCAAAUCUGGAUGAAAUUGGUGAAGUAAUGAUCGCCGUAUCAGAGCCUCCUUUGGAAUAUGUUCCACGAGGUAGACCGGCGGUCGAUGAGCAUCCAGGUCCCACGGAGACUAAACCACAUCCUCAUUUGCCCUCGGAGAAUAUAUUGCUACAACGUCUACAAAAUGUUAAUAUAUCGGCUAAAGAAGAACACAACGAAUUCUGGUGCAUACGUGAAAUCUAUGAGGAAUGUAAACGGGAAGAAAAACCCCAUAAGUUUGAAAUUAAAACGAAAGCCUCAAUGAAAAGAAAUAGCAAGGAUAAUGACAAGAGCAAAGAUGUUAAUUUGAACUAUUUAAAAGAGCCUCAGGAAUAUGUAAGUGAAUACUUAAUGAACUCGGAGGAAGAGUUGUAUGUAAAGAGGCAUACAGCUGUAUGGACUAGAGGUCUAGCAGAUGAACGCAGUAUUUUACCACGUUUAUGUUUUACCUGUGAGACUCCCAUUAAAUUUGCUUUCUUUUGUAAUAAAUCAUUUACACAAACUUCCUUGGAAUACCAUAAAAAGCAACAGGAGGAGGAUGAAGAAGAGGAUAAACAAACUUCAAUAUGUUUAAUAGAUCAAACCUCUUUACGUGUUUACUGCAGUAAUGGUGAAGAUUUCCUAUCGAAUUUAGAAUUUCCCAUAUCACAUGUCUGGCCUACACGAUUUGGCAUACUUUUAGAAAAAGUAGCCUCUAAUACUAUUAUACAGAAUCAUACCAUUUCAAUGCCACGUUUAUUUUCACUUUCUCAUCCUUUGGAUGAGAUAUGCCCCGUUCUAAAUAAAUCUGCUACAAAUGUUAUAUCCUAUCUUAUUGAAUCCGAUUAUAAUAUAAUAUUUUCCGAUGAAAAUUCUGAUCUUUUACUGUUGUACGAUACUAAAAUUGGAAAACAUUUUAUAUCGAAAUUGCGUAAAGCUAGCCCUGAUGAGAUACAAUAUAUUGGAGCACAAAAUGAAACCGUUUUGGGUAGUACAGUUCAUCAGUUCAGUAUGCAUAAAGGUGGUAGUACAUUAGGACAAAAUGCUGCCGGUCAAUGUAGUUUUUCACAAAGUAGUGUGAAAUUUCCGGGAGUGGCUCCUAAAAAUAGCACACAUCUAGGACGCACUAGUUUGGGAACCUCGAAUUACUCUACACAUAUAAGUAAAUUUCUCAAUUGUGCUCAUUCAUUAAGUGGUGCCUUUGGAAAUUUCAAUCGUUCGACAGCAGCUUCACCAUUAAGUAAUUUACAAUCAACCAUAGGCCAACAUUCUAUAUCUGUGCAGGAUAUACGCAAAUGCGGUCAAUCUCAACCCUCGAAACCCAUUGUCCCUGAGUUGUGUUUAGAACAUAUUUGGACGGAAAACACUUACGGCAACAACCGUGAUUUUUGUGAAAUAUCUUCAAAGGCAUUUAUACACACCGAUUUAGUGGGUCAAACGUUUCUUUGCUAUCUUUUGCCACGUUCAUGUAAACUACAAAUGGUGCGCUUAAAUAAUUUUGAAAAUAAAGAUUUACAAAUAUCAACUAUACCCAUGACGGUAGUGGCAAAAGAUGCAGUCGCCUUGGAGCGCAUGAAUAUGAUUGCGGUACUUGAUCCGUCGGGAACUUUAAUUUUGUACACUGGCAAUGUUUUAGUAUCCAAAGUCCAUAUACCCAAUACUCUCACCAACAAUACCCCAACAUCAAAAGUUACUAUAAAUGUUACCCCAUCAACACACAAUAAAUCUCCUAAUACUUCAUUUCCACGUCGUAGUAGUCUCUUGCCUUCAGCACAAAAACCAGGAGACACUACUUUUGAAGACGAGUUACAUUUGCUAUCACCAGUACACCCUCUGCAACCACAAUUUUCCAAUAGAAACAGCAACAUUUGUUUGGGUCUACGUGAUCCCGCCGUUAAUCGCCUUACUUUAGUCUAUAGUUCGGGUAAAAUGUUGCGCAUUUCAUUGCCCUUAAUAAAUGAAACAAAAUUUGUUACACGCUGUAUUAAAGCUUUAAAACAAGUCCUCAAGAAGGAUCAAUACAUACAGUUAAUUACCAAAUGGUAUGGUGCUAGAAAUCCACCCGGUUCACGAGAUUAUUCUAUCGAACAAGAAUGGGAAAUAUUUUGUAAUGUUUUAUUAGAUCUAAUGGGGUUUUCAGCUGUUAUGCAUGAUUAUAGCAGUAACACUGCUACAUCGUUUAGUGCUGAAGAGCCAAAGAAAAGAAAGAAAAAUGAUGAAAUUCAUUCGGGUACUGAAGAUGAUUGGCAAUUUAUGCUGGCAAUUCUAGAAGGUUCGGAUAAUAAGACAUCAAAAGAAAAUAAUUCACAAUGUACAAAUAUUGAUACUACGGCUUGUUUAUUUAAUACUAUACCGGCUAUAUUCUAUAGUUUUCAUUUACUCUAUGAAGAUUUUAAAUUGGAUGAUACAAUGCAUGCACAUUUGUUGCCAUUAGCCAAGUUUCUGCAUCAGUUGGCCUACGAUAUGCAAUUAGAAUCUUAUACAUUUCAUUAUGCUAUGGAUUUUCCUUUGUUGGUGAAAAAUUGUUCAAAGACUUGUAUUUUAACCGAACAGCAUGGUUCUCAAAUGUCCUAUAAGGAACUUUUACAAGUGCAAGCUCCUAGUGUUUUUAAUCAACUAGAAUUUAUAAUCAAAAAUAAAGACACUUUGCCUUAUAAUUAUGUGGAAGGCAUAAAUGACUUAAGUCGCAAUGUUUUACAGGUGGUCUCACUUGUUAUGCAUGGCACUAAUAAAAUUAAACACUGGAUAAAACCUUUUGAGUUUACCGAUUCUGUACAAUCAUUUUUUGCUAAAAAACCUAAAAGAUUUAUAUCUUCUAAUGUCUCCCGAUCCGAACAGGUUAUACAAAUGUUAAUCAAUAUGAAAAUGACACGUAAAGAUAUUGAACAUUUACCGGUAGCUGUACACUUAAUAAUAUCCGAAUGUUUGGAAUACUCUAGAUUAGAACCACCUAUAGGUUGUUCACCCGCUACAUAUGAAUUAAUUUUGCGCUCUGAUUUAGUUGCUCAUGCUAAAUUACAUAAUUGUGAUUUUGCUACACUAAAUAAAAGUUCAAAUUAUUUGCAAAACAUGAAUAUAGACACAGAAGAUUCGUUAUCGGCUCGUUGUCCUCCUUCUAAAAGUGGCAUAUCUCAAAUGGAAGGUGCUUUAGAUGAUGGCAUGGAUAAUAUAGAUACUAAACUUUUAAGUCUACGUUAUCCUGACGAUAUGCGCAUAACAGAAGUUCGUAGACUAUUAACGUCAUCAGAACCUGUAAUAAUAGACAUUACCCAAUCGCCCGGCACAUCUGAUCAUGAAUUUAUUGAAGAACAAGAAAAACAAUUAUUUACCUUAUGUACUCGAACCAUGACUUUGCCUUUGGGUAGGGGUAUGUUUACCUUAAGAACUUCCAUACCCACGCCAACGGAAUCAAUGCCCAUACCAAAACUAUGUCUAACCGGCAAGGAACCUAUUAAGGGAGCCACUGUUGAAAUGCAGCAAAUUGAAUUUCCUGCCAAUAUGAGUUUAUGGCCAACAUUUCAUAAUGGUGUUGCAGCUGGCCUGAAAAUAUCACCAAAUGCUCGUGAUGUAGACUCCACCUGGAUUGUUUAUAAUAAGCCAAAAGGUCAAGCCGAGAUAUCUACAGAACAUGCAGGGUUUUUAAUGGCUCUCGGUUUGAAUAAUCAUUUGAAAACUUUAUCAUUCAUGAGUAUUUACGAGUACUUGGUAAAGUGUGACGAAAUGACCAGUGUUGGUUUGCUCUUGGGCAUAUCAGCCACUCAUAGAGGUACUAUGAAUAACACUACCACUAAACUAUUGAGUGUACACAUUGAGGCUUUAUUACCAGCCACCGCCUUGGAAUUAGAUAUUCCUCAAAAUAUACAGGUGGCUUCUUUAAUGGGCAUUGGUCUAUUGUAUCAAGGUACCGCGAAAAGGCAUAUAGCUGAGGUAUUAUUGCAAGAAGUGGGACGACCUCCGGGACCCGAAAUGGAAAAUUGUGUUGAAAGAGAAUCGUAUGCCUUAACAGCUGGUCUGGCUUUAGGUUUGGUAACUCUAGGUCAGGGAGAAUCUCCGGCUGGCUUAAGAGAUCUCCAAUUGCCCGAUACCUUGCACUAUUAUAUGGUGGGCGGUAAUAAACGUUUGCUGACCGGUUCUCAAAAAGAAAAAUAUAAACUACCCUCAUUUCAAGUACGCGAAGGUGAUCAGGUUAAUAUCGAUGUUACAGCUCCCGGUGCCACUUUGGCACUUGGUCUUAUGUUUUAUAAUACCGACAAUAAAGCUGUUGCUGAAUGGAUGAAUCCACCAAAUACACGCUAUUUGUUAGAUCUUGUACGGCCCGAUUUAUUACUAUUACGCACAAUAGCUCAUGGUUUAAUAAUGUGGAGUAAUGUUCAGCCGGAUGAAGAAUGGUUGCACAAUCAAUUCCCAGUUAAUUUAAGAUUUGAUGUAGAAAAGGGUGCACAAGUUAAUGAAAAUGAGGAUAUCGAUCAUGAAGCCAUAACACAAGCUUAUUGCAAUAUUAUUGCGGGCGCUGCUUUUUGUAUUGGUUUAAAAUAUGCUGGUACUGAAAAUCCCGUGGCCUUCAAAACCCUUAGAAGAGCUAUAAAAUUGUUUUUAGGAUUUUCCGGAAAAUAUGUUGGCGAAUUUGCUGGACGCACAACUAUAGAGAACAGUCUUAUGGUUAUUCUACUAGCCAUAUCAUUGGUAUUUGCCGGAUCGGGUGAUUUAGAAAUUCUACGUAUUAUACGCUAUUUACGUUCCAGAAUUGGUACACAACAUCCUCAUGUUACUUAUGGUUCUCAUAUGGCAAUACACAUGUCAUUGGGAUUUUUGUUUUUGGGCGCCGGACGUUUUACCAUAGCCAAAACUCCGGAAGCGGUGGCAGCUUUAGUAUGUGCACUCUUUCCAAAGUUCCCAACACACAGCAAUGAUAACAGAUAUCAUCUACAAGCUUUUCGACAUCUUUAUGUUUUGGCUGUUGAGCCUCGUCUGUUUUUGCCCCGUGAUAUAGACACACGGAAAUUAUGUUUAUGUAAUAUAUCAGUAUUGGAAAUUGGUUCUAAGGAGUUGAGACGUUUACCUAUGGCUCCCUGUAUGCUGCCCGAAUUAAAUACUUUACAGAAAGUUGUAGUAGAUGAUCCCAACUAUUGGCCAGUAUCUUUUGAAAAGGAUCGUAAUUGGAAUCAAUUAGUUAAAGCUUUGGAAAAUUCAGCUUGUAUAGAGAUUAAGAAACGUUCGGGCUGUUUAUCGCAUCUAGAGGAUCCCGAUCGCCUAAAAAGUCUAUUCUCACAAACUUUAACGACAGAGCAAAGCGUUUGCUGGGAAAUAGAUCCCAAAACAUUGGAACGAUUUUCAAAUGAGCCAUAUGUUAUAGGAUUUACAGAUCGCUUGUUGCAUUUGGAUGACACAGAAACUUCAACUGGAGAAUUAGCUUUAAAACAGCAUUUAACAAUGUUAUUUUACAAUGCAGUUGUAAAGGACAAAAUGCAUGUUUUACCCAUUUAUCUGGCCACUUAUAAUCAUGUUUUACAUUUGAAAACGCAACAACUAAAUUUCCAUGAUAUUUGGCAAUUGAAAUUGAUGAGCACCUAUUUGCUGCACUACACACAAUCUCAUAUACUUUUCUCUAAAGAGCUAAUAUUAGCCUAUAUAGAACAGUUUCAGACAUUCAUCGAUAACUGUCGUCAACUGUUGUAUCUACCCUUAAGACAAUUUAUAGGUUCACGCGACUUUGAACCACAUAUUAUAGCAAAUCUUUCCAGCCAUGAUGUUGCACGUUUGGUAGCUGUCAUAAUUUUCUAUCAACUUACACCAAAUUUAAUGAAUUUAAUUGUUCAGCGUCCAGUUAAUUACAUUGGUUAUAUAAAAGAAUUUCAAAAACUUCAAUUGGAUGCAUCAACUACACAAUGUUUAUUAAAAGUGUUGCAAGCAACAAGUGCCUAAAAGGUUAUUUUCAACUAAAAA